CUCAGGUCCACGAACUCCUGGCACCAACACUAACACGACGACCAGGACCCUUUAGCAGUAUGCCGUAUGCCAAGCUUCCUCACGCACACCAGCUCGCGCCCAACCUACACGCGACGCCUUGGACAAAGCGUCUAAGGAACCGCGUAGCGCCAUCUGUCUCUCGGUAGCUCUGAUCGGCUCAUGCCUGGAUAGCAUCUUAGAACUUAGUAUUCCAGCUUGCUCAGCCUUACCGGCACCGGCGCUGCCUUUGCUCCGGCCCCUCUGGUCCGGGGGUUCGCCUUUCAGCUUGUUACAACCCUGAGCUCGAGGCGGCGCCUUCUCCUAAUCCCCAAUUCUAUCCGCGAGGCUGUCCUCCAAUCUCAUCCUCGAAGGGCCUUGAUGUGGUCUUAAACCCUGCCAACCAGAUUACCGGGUGGACUCGGGGCCUCCGCCGCUCCGUAGCCAGCACGCAAUGGCCGGACCAUCUCUAUCACACAUCCUCGAUCCCAUGGGUCCGGGCAGCGAUCCUCGGCCGCUACCUGCGCCUGGCUCUGUCCCAGCGCCUUUGUCUAUGCCCGUUUCUGCGCCUCCUCCGCCCUACCCGCUGGCACAGCAGCCUGUCGUUGGCUCCGAUGCUGCCGCUACAAGUACGGUAGGCUCCGCGCCGUUGAAUCCUGCUGGUACGGCCCAUGAUCACAUCGCCAUGCCAGCAGUGCCGCCGUCAACGACAGCUCCCGGUGUUACCACUGCCGCCGCCGCUGCUGAUGGUGUAACUCCUGGUGUCACUGCUGAACCCUCAGGAUCAGGGUCGAAUCAGAGCCACCAAAACAGCAACCCCUAUGCUUGCCGCGACUGUGGCCGCACUUAUUCACGGCCAGAGCACCUUGUUAGACAUGUCCAGACUCACACUCUGGGGCGGCGCUUUGCGUGCGAAAUCUGUAAAAAGACAUUCGCCCGGAAAGAUUUGCUGAGGCGUCAUGUCACUAAUCAUGAGAACGACUCGCCCUUGAAGCGUGAACGGAUGGUUUCAUCACCAAACUCCAGUCGCGUUACCCAGGCUUGCCGUCACUGUGCCGUUGCUCGCGUGAAAUGCGAUGAGGCGAAGCCGUGCAGGCGCUGUGUCCGCCGUAGCCUGCCCUGUUCUUCUUAUGAGACCAGCCCAGGCACUGUUAGGCAUCUUGUCCAUCUUCCAGCGGGCGGGCAGGAUGCCACGCAGACUCGUCCAACCGGCGGUGCCUCUGUAGGAUCCACAGACUCCAACUCCACACUUCAAAAUGCCUCUGCAAACUUCAUCCGCGACAAUACAACUAGUAAGAGCAGCCCUCUGUCACAGUCUACGUCAUCAAGACAAGGCGACAGCCAGCUGACCACUCCGGAUACGGGGGUAGGACCAGGCAGUAUUACUAACAACCCAAGUCAACCCCAUGAUCCUUCAAGAACUGGCUCAGGUCCUAUGGAGUUCAAUAACAUCCCUUUCUUUGACUUCCUGCGCGAUGUCCUCUACCCUCAGCCAGUGGAUCUGUCACGGCCAUCCGAGUCUCAAGGUCCAGCCGUGUUGGACUUCUGUGACGAUAUGGAUAUGGAUCUGACAGAGAUGGACUUUGGCCUCCUGGACCAUUGGAACCUGGAUCUGGACGAUGGCUCACUGAUAACACCCACAAUGGCUGGCCAUAACCCGCAAAACUCAUUGGAAAUGUCUCAAAUGAGGCAGAAUCUUGCCAACGUCUGGGGGGAACUGCCGUGGAAGUGGGACCCCACCACCAAGGACAACGCCUACACUGAGCAGGGUAAUCUUCCCAUAUCAGCCACAGAUGUUUCCAAUGCGCAAUUCCAAGAGGUCAAGAGACAACUGGAGCGAGUGGUUGAUCAAAGACUGAAUCUUCCCAGCCGCGAUCAGAUUCUAGCCAUUGUCUUGAAGACUUGUCGAGAUGCUUCCACGGCUGGCCGGGUGGCCGCCUCUUUUCCAACAGUCGAUGUGAUGGACACAAUGGUUCAAGCCUUUUUGGCGGCUCACCUGCGUCAGGUAUCGACAUGGAUACACUAUCCUACUCUUAAACUGAAUGCGGUAUGGCCUGAAUGGAUUGGAAACGCUGUGGCUGCUGGCGCUGUCUUGAUGCCAGCUCCGACGUUGCGAAAGUUUGGAUUUGCCGUUCAAGAGGCAGUUCGAAUUACAAUACCUGCACGGUUCGAAGACAAUAACACAGCCAUACAAAACCUUAGUCUUGUCCAAUCCCUCAUUCUAGGGCAAGAUAUCGGCUUAUGGAGUGGCAACCGCAGGAAGAUGGAGAUCGCCGAGUGCCAUCUAGUAAUUCCGGUAACGAUGAUGCGAUAUCGUCGGCUGUUCCAGCGAUGUAUGUACCCCGUUAUCACCGUCGAGCCCUCCGAUGAGGGCGAAAUACUAGAACAAAAGUGGAUGAAAUGGGCGGCUGCGGAACAAUGGAAGAGGCUCGUAUUCCACUGUUACAUCCGGGAAGCCCAAAUAUCCAUGACAGCGUUGACGAAUCCAUGCAUGUCGUAUGCCGAGUUGACACUACCUCUACCGGAACAGAAAGACCUGUGGUCUGCGAAGACAGCUCCUGAGUGGAAGGCUAUCUAUUUAACGAGAUCUGUUGGACCAAAUUCAAGGGCGCCAUCAAUCGCCGACAUGUACAGAGACCCACGUCAGUUUGCUGACAACAGCACGCGCAUCGACAUGCAGCUGUCAGUCUCUAUUUUCCUUCACGGCUUUUGGUCAAUGGUUCUGGAAUACUCUCAAAUGAGCGUGGUGCACCAAUUUCGUAACUACUCCAAAGAAGUGUCAAACCCGAUGCUUAGCUCAAGACGUCAGGAGCUCAUGAGAGAUCUGCAGUCGUUUCAAUUUGUUGCGUCAAAACUGCAGGAUGUUUCUCCUCAGGAGCAUGUUGUCUUGUAUCUUCUUAUGAUGCAUCUGCAUGUAUCCUUAGACGACCUGCAGAUCUUUUCGGGCAAGCAAGGGGAGGAAGAGGCCCGUCGUAUGUACCCCAUUCUACAACAAUGGACAGCUAGCUCCGACUCCUGGUAUGCAGUCUAUUGCGCUGGUCAGAUCUUUCGAUAUGCCAAGCUGUUUCCUCCAGGGUCCUUGAAGGAUUUCUACGCCAUAGCAGUCCACCAUGCUGCGCUUGCUUUGUGGACAUACGGCGUUGUGUUCCGAGCCAGCCAGCAGCAAGAAAUGCCAUCGCAGUAUGGGUUUGAACCUAUGUAUCUGGACGACGGCAGCGACGCCACAACAAUUCAACAGUUUUUAAGUUUCGGACAGGGGCGGCCUUUUAUUCAAGGGCCUGCAGGAUCGAGCUCUGGCGCUGCGCCAGGCGAUGCAUCGGUUUACGACCCUCGUGCGUGCAUGGACAUUGCCCAGGAGAUUUUACAGGCCAACUUUCGACGGCCUCAGGAUGCCUUGCCGCCUCUUGUAGAGAAUCUCUGCCAGCUAAUUAAACAGCUUGGAAACGCAGCUUGGGCGGUUGGAUUGGGCUUCCUCCGCUGGUCGCCGCUGUCCCAGACCGCCGUCGCAGUCACUACGACGGCCGUUGCCACAACGUUGCUCAUAUUUGCCAGAUCAGCGCUGUGGCCGCGAUGGGGCAAGGCGCUCCCGAACCCGCUCAAGACGGCGAUUCCGGGACGGCCGAAGGACGAGAUUGACGGGCUGGUAUAUCGGCCAGAUGCCUUUCCGGGGGCGAGGGAUGUUGAUACACCGUAUGGAUCCAUCCGCGUCUACGAAUUCGGUCCCGAGGAUGGCGAAAAGGUCUUGCUUGUCCAUGGUAUCAGCACUCCGUGUAUAACUCUCUCCCGCAUCGCUCACGGACUUGUCGAUCGUGGAUGUCGUGUGAUGCUUUUUGAUCUCUUCGGUCGAGGCUUUUCAGACGGUGUUGGUGACCUCCCUCACGAUGAGCGCCUCUACACUACUCAGAUUCUUCUCGUGCUGGCCUCCAGUCCCCUUGCCUGGACUGGUAACGAUGCUUUCCGUCUUAUUGGAUAUUCUCUGGGUGGAGGCAUCGCAGUACACUUUGCCACUUCGUUCCCUCACCUCGUUUCAUCGCUUGUUCUGCUCGCUCCCGCCGGUCUCAUUAACCCUGAGGAUUUUGGUGCCAUGUCUCUCUUCAUCUUUCGGUCAGGCUUUGUACCAGAGGGACUUCUCGCCUACUUGACACGGUAUCGUCUGCAGCAACCUAUUGCCUCAGCCAGGAAGCCCAAGGAAGCCUCCCCAACUGCAUCGAUGGCUGAAGUCGCUAUGGCAGAGGUAUCCGGCACUACCGAACAGACAGAUGGCACCAUUCCCCUGGAACAACACGUAUUGAUGUAUGUCAGAUGGAUGGUUCUCAACCACGCCGGCUUCAUCCCCUCGUUUAUGUCAUCCAUUAGACAUGCGCCCUUGACGCACCAGCACGAUAGCUGGAGGCUUCUUGCCCGCCGGAAGCCUGGUACAACUACGGUUCUCUUGGCUCAAAACGACGAGCUCAUUGAUGUGAACGAUUACGAGCGUGAAGCCCUUCCACUCAUCGGAGGAAGGGACAAUGUGGUUUGGAAAGUUCUUCCGGGCACUCAUGAUUUUGUCAUGACACAUUCUAAUAACAUUCUUAAGGAGUUGGAUGAGGUGUGGAAGUAA